UGGUCGUUUUGUGUCAGUCUGCGGCUCCACUGUAGGACGGUGGUGGGGGGCCCGGUGUUGUUGUUGCGUGUGUCCGGCAGGGGGCAGUGUUGUCGCAGUAAUGAGUGGAUCCUGCUGCUCCGACAGUAGAAGAAGAAGCUGGCUGCUGUAAACAAAGCUGAGCCUGACAAAGCGCUUAAUGUGGAGAAGAUAUGAUCACAACGAUCUCUACACAACACUAAACCCAGACUGCGGAGCGCGGCCCCGGGGCCAUGAGCCGAGCUGCUGUGUGACUGGACGAUAAUGGCUGCGGAGCUGUUUCCCACCAAGAAGCUGGUCCCGUCCGCCUCAACGAGCAGCACCACGUCCAUCCAGCAGUACCAGCAGCAGAACCUGACCAACAACAACAGCAGCAGCGGCGGCGGGGGCUGCUGCAACUGGCAGGGCCUGUACCCGACCAUCCGAGAGAGGAAUUCAGUCAUGUUCAACAAUGAGAUGAUGGCAGAUGUUCACUUCGUGGUCGGGCCACCCGGCGGGACGCAGCGGGUACCGGGGCAUAAGUAUGUCCUGGCUGUCGGCAGCUCCGUGUUCCACGCCAUGUUCUACGGAGAACUGGCCGAGGACCAGGACGAGAUCCGGAUCCCUGACGUGGAACCUCCUUCGUUCCUGGCCAUGCUGAAGUAUAUCUACUGUGAUGAGAUCGACUUGUGUGCCGACACCGUGCUCGCCACCCUCUACGCUGCCAAAAAGUACAUUGUGCCUCACCUGGCCCGGGCCUGUGUCAACUUCCUGGAGACCAGUCUGAGCGCUAAGAACGCCUGCGUGCUGCUGUCUCAGAGCUGCCUGUUCGAGGAGCCCGACUUGACACAGCGCUGCUGGGAGGUGAUUGACGCUCAGGCCGAGCUUGCUUUGCGCUCUGAGGGCUUCUGCGACAUCGACAACCAGACGCUGGAGAGCAUUCUGCGGCGGGAGACACUCAACGCCAAAGAGAUGGUGGUGUUUGAGGCGGCGUUGAACUGGGCCGAGGCCGAGUGCCAGCGACAGGACCUGCUGCCGACCAUUGAGAACAAGCGGCUGGUGCUGGGGAAAGCCAUCUACCUGAUCCGCAUCCCCACCAUGGCGCUGGAAGACUUCGCCAAUGGAGCGGCGCAGUCUGGUGUGCUCACGCUUAAUGAGACCAACGACAUCUUCCUGUGGUACACCGCUGCCAAGAAGCCCGAACUCUUGUUCUGCACCAAACCCCGUAAAGGCCUGGCACCACAGCGCUGCCACCGCUUCCAGUCCUGUGCUUACAGGAGCAACCAGUGGCGGUAUCGAGGCCGCUGUGACAGCAUCCAGUUCGCCGUGGACAAGCGUGUCUUCAUCGCCGGCUUCGGCCUGUACGGCUCCAGCUGCGGGUCGGCCGAGUACAGCGCCAAGAUUGAGCUGAAGCGUCAGGGCGUGCCAAUGGCCCAGAGGAUCAUCAAGUACUUCUCAGACGGCUCCAGCAGCACCUUUCCUGUCUGGUUCGAGUACCCGGUGCAGAUCGAGCCCGACACCUUCUACACCGCCAGCGUGGUGCUGGACGGCAAUGAGCUCAGCUACUUCGGCCAGGAGGGCAUGACCGAGGUGCAGUGUGGGAAAGUGACCUUCCAGUUCCAGUGUUCCUCGGACAGCACCAAUGGCACUGGGGUGCAGGGAGGCCAGAUUCCAGAACUCAUCUUCUACGCCUGAGCCGGAGCCUGGAGCAUGCCACAGAGAUUUCUGCUUCACUGCCAUCUAGACUUUUAUUUUGAAAGUGUGAAGGUGAGUCCAUGUUGGCUCUAGUUUGUCCUGGCUACACUUAAAGUGGAGGGAACACAUCUGGAGCCGAGCAGUGGGAUGGGUAACCCUGGGUUACAGCUGGGUGUUGUUGCCAGAGGCAACACUUGAAAGGAAAAGUCUGACAUGAUCCAGUUUUUGCUCUUAUCAACAUAUCCCAUGAAGAACUAUCGAACACCUCACCAUUAUGUAGGUUUUAUUUUGAAAGGGGUUCUGUAGUUUCCUACAGCAGCUGCAGGGUGCUCACUGCUGGGUUUAAUGGUUCCUGGACCCGGUGGAGCUCUGUGGAGCCGAGAGGUCGGACUGUAACCCUCACAGGGGUCUGUCAGUGGGAGACGUUCGUGGGGUGUGAUGACGGUAGAAAUGUAGAACAUCACCAGACUUUAGGCCCAAGUCCAGAGAAACAGACAGAGCCCUCACGUCUCCCAACGACAGCCCCGAACCUUCAUCGUCGACUUUAUCGUUGAUUGGUCUUUUUUUUAACAGUUCAGUCAAUAGAAGUCAAGGUGGCAUCUUCACACAUACUUUAUCAUCCACUGAACAUUUAGUUCAUGAAACACCAGAAGAAAGUGAAAUAUGUCAGUCACCAGCAGAACCCGAAGAUAUUCUCUUUGGCUUUAGUAAAACAGAAAAGCAGAAAUCCUCACCGACACGUCAUAGCUCCAGUGACUGUUUCUGCUUCAGAGCAAAGAAUCGAAGAUCACCACGUGGUGCCACUUUGAGCCAAGUUAAUAAAAGUACAUUCAAUGUUUAUACACAUGGUGCACAUGCAUUUGACAGGAACCUUCUCCAAGUGGAGUUUGUGUUGCACGCUUCAGUCCGUGCAGCCAGGCGCUGCCGAUGCAGGUCGUUGCCUUAAGUCAGUGUUCAGCCCGACAUCACGUCUCCUGCUCUGAGCUUCACCCUCUGCUCCCAAACAGCUGAAACAUUCCUUCUGUUACUGACGAAGGACUUGAACACACAACGAAGCACUAAAAUAAAGCUGGACUUUUAUUUUCUGACCUGUGUUCCCUGUUGAAGCUGAAUUCUAACUUUUAUAUCUGUAGUCGGAUGCAGCUCGUCACACUCCUGUCUGUUAGUUUGAUACACUCCUUCAGAAAAACUGACCUUCAUCUGGUGCUUUGACUCUGGCUCUCCCUGACUCUGACUCUGGGCUUCUUCUGUGAUGAAAUGGUCUGGUUUAAAGGGCCAUUUCACCCAUCAUCCACCUGAGGUCCCACCUGUUCAGCUGCAGUGUGUCAGGUUUGCUGAAAGCAGUUUGGUGUGUCUGUGUGUUUUGUUCCUUACGUGGCUCCUACAGAUACACUACCAGUGGCUCCUGUGCUUUUGUUUUGACCUUGACUUGCUCCUGUAUCGUUGCCGUUGUGUAGAUAUGUUUCUGUGACUGUGUCUGAAGCAGCUCUUGUCUAAUCUAAUACAAACAGUUUUAUAUCUGAAUCUAUAUUAUGAAACAUAUUUUUGAUGUUUUUAUUUCCCAGCAGAAUGUGCAGUGAGUCGGUGGCCUUAUCAGUGUGUUGUGUUGACAGAUGUGGAAAUAAAAGCUUCAGUCGAUUAGC